AUGCCCACCUUCGAGCUCUUCACUAACGUGCCAAAGGAUGCCAUUCCCGAGGACUUGUUGUGUAGUCUGACCGAGCAGCUGGCCAAGGCCACGGGCAAGCCGGCAGAGUACAUUGCUGUGCAUAUUCAGCCAGAUCAAAUAAUGAGCUUUGGUGGCUCCACAGAGCCUUGUGCUCUUUGUUCUCUGAAAAGUAUUGGCAAGAUUGGAGGUCCACAGAACAAGACUUACACCAAGUUGCUAAGUGGUAUACUAAGCAGUCGUCUGCAUAUCUCCCAUGACAGGGUUUACAUCAAUUUUUAUGAUUUAAAUCCUGCUUAUGUGGGCUGGAACAAUUCUACCUUUGCUUAA